CAGAGCGAAACAACACCGAUAUGUACUCGGGAUCGGCACUACGGGUGGUAGAGUCUUGCCUCGUCACGCCGAGCGAUGAGACGCCGCGGGGAGGGCUCUGGCUCUCCGCGCUGGACCUGGUGCUGGCCAACAGAGGCCACACCCCUCUCGUCCACGUCUACAGCGCCAGCGACGUCGCCGCCGCCGGCGGCUUCUUCAACGUGGCCAAGCUCAAGAAGUCCAUGGCCAAGGCGCUGGUGCCCUUCUACCCUCUCGCAGGCCGCCUCGGUGCGGAUGGUGACGGCCGCAUGGAGAUUGACUGCAACGGCAAGGGCGCGCUCUUCGUGGUAGCCCGCUCUGAUCGCACCGUCGAGGACUUCAGCGGCCCUUCACCGUCGUCGGAGCUGACGAAGCUGUUCUGUCCUCGCGUUCAGCCGUCGUCCAUCAUGUUGGCCGCGCAGGUCACCUUCUUGAAGUGUGGCGGUGUGGUCUUAGGGACAGCGGUGCACCACGCCGCCGUGGACGGCUCCAGCGCGUUCCAUUUCAUUGGGACGUGGGCAAGGUACUGCAGGGACGGCCAGGGCGCCGUGAUAGAGCUCCCGUGCCACGACCGCGCCCUCCUCCGCGCGCGCUCCCCACCCGCCAUCCACCCCGAAACCGUCUCCAUGUUCUGCAGCAAGCUAGCCAUGCACGAGCACGAGUCGUCCGUCGCGACCAAGGUCAUCACCAUCUCCGGUGACCAGCUAUACGCCCUCAAGCGCCACUGCGGCGGCGCUAGCACAUUCUGCGUGGUGAGCGCCCUCGUGUGGCAGUGCGUAUGCAUCGCCCGCCAGCUGGACCCGGACGCCACAACGCGCAUGAACUUCCCGGUAGACAUCAGGCAUCGCGUUAAGCCGCGGCUCCCGGGUCGCUACUUCGGCAACGGGGUCGUGAACGUGUUCGCCACCGCCGCGGUGAAGGACGUCGUGUCGGAGACACUGGCCUCCAUCGUGAGCAGGGUGAAGGCCACGACGGAGAAGCUCGACGACGAGCUGCUGAGGUCGGCUGUGGACUACUUCGAGAUGGAGGCGGCGAAGGGCGGGCGGCCGGAGGAGAGAGGAAACCUGCCGGAGAUGGAGCUGCGGAUGAACAGUUGGUUCCAUCUGCCCAUAUAUGACGCGAACUUCGGGUGGGGUAAGCCGUGGGUGAUGACGCGGGCGGAGACUGUGCGCGGCGGCUGGGUGUACGUGAUGGCUGGCUGCGGUGAUGGCAGCGCGCGCGUACUAAUCUCUUUGGAGGUGGCGACUCUCAAGAGGUUCGAGCGUUCGCUUGCUGUAUGCCGAGUUCAAACCGGCAUCGUACAUGCGAGGUUGUGA